CAAACAACUCCGGAUCUUCCCCAUGUGUGGCCCGAAACGGAGAACCCAAAUUGGCCAAUCACCAUAAUUAUCCACUCCCCAGGUCAUCAUACUACCCCAUCCCCCAAAAUAACGACAACGGACGAAAAUCGUUACCAAAUCCUCUCUGCCUUUGUUCGAAUUCCCUUGUUUUUCGCUCCCUGAUACUACCACUUGGAGGAAAAAACCGAAAAAAUUUCCCCCAAAAAAGAAAGUGGAAGAAAAUCCCGAGUUAGAUUCAGAUGAACUCGUUGAAUAUGAAGAUGUUAACUGGUUUCAAUCCGGGCACGACGACGACGACGACUAGGUCGUGGCCGGGUCGACUCGGGGAUUUCGAGGCUGCUACGAGGAGGCAGUGGUUGAAUUGCGGGAAUCGCGCCCGGACAUUGAGAAUCACCGCUUGUGCUUCUAUUAGCAGCGGCGGAGGAGGGAGUGGUGGGGUGGAAAGUCAGAGAGAGAGUGAGAGUUCGUUUCUGUCUCGGAGCCAGACUUACGCUCUGUUGAAACAGAAAAUGGAAGUUGCUGCCAAAUCUGAGGACUACAAAGAGGCAGCUAGACUUCGUGAUUCACUGAGAUUAUUUGAGGAAGAAGAACCUAUUUUGCGGCUUCGUAGAUUAAUUAAGGAGGCAGUUGCUAAUGAGAGGUUUGAGGAUGCAGCCAGGUACCGUGAUGAACUGAAGGAUAUUGCCCCGCACUCUCUCUUGAAAUGUUCAAGUGACGCGACGACAUUGGGAGUCAGGGUUCAAGUUAGGAGCGUGUACAUUGAAGGCCGAAGCCAGCCAUCAAAAGGCCAAUACUUUUUUGCAUAUAGAAUAAGAAUUAUAAAUAACUCAGAUCGUCCUGUUCAACUUCUCAGAAGACACUGGAUUAUUACUGAUGCAAAUGGGAAGACUGAAAAUGUUUGGGGAAUUGGCGUUAUUGGCGAACAGCCGGUUAUACUUCCCAAUAAUGGGUUUGAAUAUUCAUCUGCAUGCCCGUUAAGCACUCCAAGCGGGAGAAUGGAGGGUGACUUUGAGAUGAAGCAUAUCGAUAAAGUGGGCUUAAAGACAUUCAACGUUGCUAUUGCCCCAUUUUCCCUUUCCACACUUGGAGAUGGCACUGAGAUUUUUUGAAAUGUUAGCUGACAGGAGAUGGAGGUAAUGGCACUUUUUCAUCUUCAACGCCUACUGGAUUUCUGCAAUAUUUGCUGAUUAGCUUCUGCAGAGUUGACAGGAUCAACAGUUAUAAAUGUCCUUCCAAGUGUAUAAAUUGCUCUAUUAACUUCAGGGGGCAUGGGGUGAGGAUUGGAGUACGGCCGUGUGUGGAUCUUAGAUUUGUGGAAGGGAUUCGAAAAGGGAAGGGAUUCAAUGGUAGAAAACUGCCUUCUUUUUGCUUUCCUUUUCCUCUUCGCAUCUCUCUUCAAAAUUCAAGAUCCACAAACAGCACGAUUGUUUGUCAAUUCUGCUAUGGUGGUACAUAUAGCAAACAUCGGAAGAGUUCAUUACUCUUAUAGAUGAGUGUAUAGAGCUUUUUACAGUUAAUAUUGAGACAUUUUGUUUUUCUGCUUCGCGGUGAUGGAACUCCAAGAGAGCCUGAGCCGGGGCAUAAUGUGGAUUUCUGCGUUUCCAAUUGUUUGAGAUAGUACAAACUACUUGGUUUCUAGUAA